AACUAUAAACAGUACAUUUGGAGCUAAAUAACAGAAAAAGUCUACCCAAAUUAAAAUAUCGUAUUUUAUGUGUAAAUCGUGGUAGAUAGAAACCUGCUUUUCUAAAACACAAACACAGCAGGGUUGACAUUUGUGAGAGAAGCAGCCAGUUAGAGAGAGGCCUCACUCUCGCUCUCAGAGAGCAAGCCUGCAAGCCUCUCGCCAACUGUGCGAGAAAAAGCUCUGGCCGCGUAUAAAACCAGGUGUUUGAAAGCGAGAAAAAGUUCAAUUUCCAUUUGGAUUUUGCUGCGACAACAUCGAGAAACUGUGGAAGCAACGCGUAUACCAAAACAACAACUUCCAGCCAAAAACAAACUACAAAGCGAAAAAAGUCAACAAGGAAGCCCUUUAAACUUUGUAAAAGCAAGAUCUCAGUUAGAUACAUAUAAGAAAUCAAGAACAUCAUGUCUGAGGCACACUUUGAUGAAUACGAGCACUACAAUUACGACCAUGGCAAACACAUCUUUUCGGGCCACAGCGGCAAACAGCGCUCCAAGAAGGAGGCCAGCGAGCACACCAACCACUUUGACCCCUCUGGCCAUUCGCGAAAGAUUUUGACCAAACUGAUGAACACCAACAACAACAAGAAAACUGUGAAGAACUGAUAUUACAGGCACGCCAAGGCAGAGACACAACAACACAGAAAAAAGUAAAACAAUAAAAAAAAACUGAAUUUAAGCAGCCAGAGAAGAGAAAAAGGUAGAAAUUGAACUGAAAAGCAGCCCAAAGGAGUGAAGGCAAGGGGAAGAAGAAGAAGGAGAGCAAAAGCUGCUUCGGCGGCAGCUGGCAUUGUUGUUGUCGGCUGUCGCUGGAAAAGCACACUGGAAUUACGUAUUGAAUAGUUCUAGUUUAAACAAUUUCCUAAAUUUAAUACAUAUACUUACAGACUUAUAAUUUUAGUGUUAAGCUUAGUGCGUUUCAAAUUAUGAA